CAAUUUCAAACGGUUUUCGAUUGUGUAGUUUUUUAGUGUUUGACAAAUUUAUGAAACUUUUAUGAAAGUGGUGUUAUUUUUCCAAUUAUGUCAAUUUUUAAUGAGUUGAUAUUACCGAAAAUCACAGAAAUACCUAAAGCUUACGUAAAGAGUUUUAACGAUGAUCUUAAGGCUGCUUUCGCGUGUUUUCAAAAAUUCGAAGAGGAGUUUCAAAAUGGAAAGGCCAAAGCGCGAGAAAAAUCUGUCAAAGAUAAAACCCUCUUGACGACCCUCCAAAGUAUCGACGAGGACGAAGAUGAACCUAAAACAGCCAGUAAAGUGGAUUCAAAGUCCAGUACCGAUAGAAGCUCUACUGACAGCAGUAGUAGUAAGAGAGGAUCCAAGAAACGCAGUAAGAAUGAGGUUGAUGGUAUGUCGAGCCCUGAACAAGAGAAACGGCAUAAGAGAAAUGCAUCUGUUAAGGCACAGAGCAUUAUAAGUAAACAGGUGAAUGUGAACUUAACUCAAAAACUGCGUCGCGAGAAUUCAACAGAGAAGUCGAGUAAUCGUCGGCGCGGCAAAGAUGACGACAAGGAAAAUACGGAACCCAUAAUACCUGCUGUGCAGAUUAAACAAGAGAAGAUUUCGAUAGCUCCAGAGCCAAUGGACAUGGAGUCAAUACCAUUGAAUAUUGAAGUUAAGCAAGAAUUAGAUAAGGAUGAUAUUGCCAUGCCUCCGCCGUCUAUGCCUGUACCUAAGCAACGUAAAGCUGCUCAAAAGGAUAAAGUGGAUGAAACUAGUGAUGAAGAACCAGCCAGGAGACGGACCACUCGCACUAAGAAACAGGCAGACGCACAACCUGUACCAGUGGCUUCUACGAGAUCAACGCGUGCGAGCAACAGGGCGACCAAACAAACGGACAGCGAAGAGUCUAUCGUAGCCGAAGCGAGACCUAAACGAACCAGAGGGAAAAAGGCCGCCCAAGAAACUUCAACUACGGAUACUGAUAAGGACAGCCAGAGCACGCAAGACAGUGGCAUCGCGUCACCAGCGGAAAAGCCACGGCCUAAACGGACGAGAAAAUUGCAGAAAAACAAAAAAGACGAAGAACCACCCAAAGAAGUUGAAAUUCCAGCAAAGGAAGCAGAAAAUCAACAACCUCUCGUUGUGAAGGAAGAAAGAAUAUCACAACCAGAUUACUCAUCACCGUUACUACAGAAAAUUGUUAAUAAGACGAACAAAGCAAAUGAUAAAACGCUAUUAAUUGAAAGUAGGAAUAUAACAGAAAAUGGGAUUGAUGAGAUUCAAAAUGGGACUCCCGAUGGGAUAGAAAAUGGCAAUAAAGAUUUGGAAGAUACAAGAGUCAUUUCUAAAGCUAUGGACGCAACGGUUGUUUUGCCGAAUGGUGUGUUUAACCAUGCUUCGGUCAGCCCGAAAAAUAAUAGAAAUAUGAAUGAAACAGUAGUUAUUGAAACAUGCAAUCAAACAGUGGUUCUGGAUAAACCAAAACUGAUGGAUUCUACUGUUGUCAUUGACAAAGGAUCGAAAACGAAUUUAACGGAUGACAAUUCACUAUUGACGGACGAUGAUUCCGUUGAAAUGAAAACGCCGCCCAAACAACCGCCCAUACUGCAACAACCCACGUCCGCGGUGAAAGAGAAGGUGCAACAAUUCGAAGAGAUGGCGUCGCGCGUGACGAGGACCAAAACACGCGCUAUGAAAAAGCAGGAAGUGCAAGACGAGCCGGAUAACCAAACGCCACCAGAUAAAGUGUCCAAAGUUAUGUUGUCGGCGGAUAACUUGAGCAAGAUGAACAGCAUGAUAUUCAAUGGGAAAUCCAUUAUACCGGUAUAUGUUUCGAAUUCAGCGUCGAAACCUCGCGUAAACACAACUUCUAGCGUAAAAGGAUUCUCGUCAACUUCAAAACUCAGCGGUAUAAAUAAAGCGCGGGAGGCCGCUGAGGAGUUCAAAAUGGAGGACGCGAGGAGGAAAAAGGAAGCCAUGUUGGAGGCGAAACGGGAGAUGCAGAAGAAAAAGAGAGAAGAAAAAAUGGCCGCCGCGGCAGCCGCAAGAGAAGCCGCUGAGAGAGAGAGGAGACUAGCGCUCGCCGCGGCCGCGAGAGAGAAACAGGAGAAGCAGCUGCAUGCCGACAUGGGCAAGCUGGAGAAGAUGAGGGAGGUGGAAAAGAAAAAACAAGAACUCGCGCGCAAAGUCCAAGAAACGGAAGAGAGGCGCAAAGCAGAAGAGUUGGCGAGACAGAAGAGGUUAGAAGAAGAGCAGAGGAAAGCGGGAGAGCUCAGAAAGAGACAGUUAGAAGAAGCCGACAAAAUGAAAAAGGAGGCCGCGUUAAUGGCGCGGGAAAUAGAGAGGAAACAGAGGGAGUUCAUAGAGAAGCAAAAGUUGAAGCAGAGAAUGGAGGAAGUGUCAAGUGCAAUGAAAACGCCCCGCAAGUACCCACCGAUAGAGCCUGUGUAUAUGGAAGACGGGUUCCAGUACCUUAAUUCUGAUGAAGAAGCCGAUCCUGUGGAAAGGCCUAUUCCCACGUGGUCUACUAGUAAGGCGCGCUACCGGCAGCUGGCGCGGCAGACGCGCGUGGCGGCGCGGCACGUGGACCGGCUGUUCUCCGUGCGCGCGCACGCGCCCGACCUGCGCGAGAUCUUCCCCAACAUCGAGCGCGCGCGCCUCAAGCGCACCUCCUCCGCCGUCUGGCGCUCGCCGCUGCCCGCGCCGCCCGCGCUGCCCGACCUGGCCGAGUGAGCGCCGCGCCGGAGCGGGACGGAGAUAUAGUUAUUCACGCUGGUACGAGUCGCUGGCGGCGUUUGUAAAUAUAGAUGAUAAUGUUAUAUUAUGUAAUCGAUUAUAUGAAGUAGUACUGCCUAUUUAGAUCUAUCGUUAACUCUAUAUAUUAUUAUAUCUUUGUAACUUUAAAUUAUUUGUUAAUUUAAAGAUGCUACUAGGAAUUUGCCUUGAUCGCGAAGGAAUGACAAGAGAAUAGUUGAGUUCGAAAGCUUAGUAAAAUAGAUGGUUAAAUACCAAAGACAAUUUCGCAAA